UUGAGCCGCUCUUGGUAUCCUGUCCGGAAGCAGCCCUUUUGAUUAUCAGGAAGUUUGGGCGGUGGUUGAGCAGGCCGUCAGUUUGUUGGGUUUCAGGUAAAAUCACACCAGAGGCAACAUGUCCAGCAAAAGUCGUGUGAAGGCAAAGACGGGAGCCAGGAAGCGCCCUCAGCGUGCGACCUCCAAUGUCUUUGCCAUGUUCGAUCAGUCACAGAUCCAGGAGUUCAAGGAAGCCUUCAACAUGAUCGAUCAGAACCGUGACGGCUUUGUGGACAAGGAGGAUCUGCAUGACAUGCUGGCAUCUCUGGGUAAGAACCCGACUGAUGCAUAUUUGGAGACGAUGAUGACUGAAGCUCCUGGGCCCAUUAACUUCACAAUGUUCCUCACCAUGUUUGGAGAGAAACUGAAUGGCACUGACCCAGAAGAUGUCAUCCGCAACGCCUUUGCCUGCUUCGACGAGGAAGGAACUGGCUUUAUCCAGGAAGACUACCUGCGGGAACUUCUGACCACGAUGGGUGACCGCUUCACAGACGAGGAGGUCGAUGAGCUCUUCAGGGAGGCCCCAAUUGACAAGAAGAACAACUUUAACUAUGUGGAGUUCACACGUAUCCUCAAACACGGAGCCAAAGACAAGGAUGACUAAACACAGAAACCUCCAUGCAUCAUCAAUCCUUCCUUUCUAAUCUUCUUUCUGAGCUAAAGGAGCUGUACCUAAUGUUUCUGGAAAUAUUCUGAGAUAAAUGCCAACCUCAAAAAUCUGCAAGGCUGCUCUGUUUGUGUGUGAUUUAUUUAAAGGUAAACUUUAAGGGGAAAAUGUAUCUAGAUUAAGACCAAAUUACUGAACAUGUUAGGAUAAUUAUUUUUUAAAUAUUGGACACAGCACGGUUGUUUAGGAGUGGAGGGAGUCAUUUGUUGUGGUUGGUUUAACAGUGGGUUACUUCAGCCUCUUUUGAAAGCAUAGAUGUAAUUAGCUGGGUUUUGUAUAUGCAUUAUUAAUUAUGAUCUUUCACUUUUUAUUUUAGGCCUUUUUCUAAAUGUCUAUCCCACUAAAGUGUACCUUCUAGUAAAUUCAACAGACAUUUAAUGUAGAUGCAGCAGAACUGCACAUAACAGUCUUGGAUCUCUUGGAGGUCAAGCUUCUCAGUGCUUUAAAUGUGGUAAAAUGUGAAGUGGUGGUGGGGUCUACAACCACGUUUGACGUUAUGUCCCAAUCUAGCUGAAUUUUUAUAAUAAAAAUGAACUUUUUCAAUAAAUUACUUAAAUUGUAGAA